AUGGGGUGGAAGGUGGCUUAUGGCAUACAGCAGAUAGCAGAGGCGUUUGUCAGCUUCAAGCGACUCUCGCACUUCCUGCAGACCACCCCCAACGGAGCCACACAACAAGGAGUGCCAUCUCAGAACGGCUCAACACUGCUCCCAAAAGCGCGCCGCUACGCCCUUCACACCCCAACCACCACCAAGCCACCUGAAUCGACAACUGUUGCUCUCACAGCACCGAGUCUCCAGUCCCCACCAUCGUUGGAGCUCGCCUCACUGCCCAGCCACAUCCUCUCCUCCCCCUCUGCCCCCACACGCCUUCCCUCCCCCCCACGUGCUGCCUUGGUGCUUGAAGGGGCUUCUUUCGCUUGGGGAGAAGCAGGGCAGCACGCGGGGGAAGCAGCAGGAGAGGUUAAUGGCAAGGGGCAUGUUGUGGAUCUCACUGAGCCUCGCACGGCCGAUGGCAUGCGUUAUGGCAAGGGCUACAUGAGCAGCGUCAGGAGUUUCCGCCGCGUCCCCAAAGCUUUCCGAGUGCGUUCCCUGCAGCGGUUCAUGAGUCUUCGUGCUGCUGGCCCUUCCCCUGCUCUUGGCCCUUCUCCUGCUGCUGCCGGCCCUUCUCCUGCUGCUGCUGCUGCUGCUGCUGCUGGUGCUGCUGCUGGUGCUGCUGCUGCUGCUGCUUCUGCUGCUUCUGCUGCUGCUUCUGCUGCUGCUUCUGCUUCUGCUUCUGCUGCUGCUGCUGCCACGGAGGGCACGCGUGUGACUGCAUGGGAGGAGCAAGAGGGGCAGGUGGAGAUAGACGGCGCACCGAGUGGGCGUGUGGAGGGAGUGAGCGUGAGGCUGGGAGAGGCAGAGCUGCUGGGAGUCACUGGCAAGACGGGCAGUGGCAAGUCGCUGCUGCUGCUGGGUAUUCUCGGGGAAGUGCCUCUCUCAUCCGGCGCCAUGCACCGCUCCGUGCCCUCCCUCGCCUACGCAUCGCAGCAGCCGUUCCUCAUAGAGGGCACGGUGCGAGAGAACAUUCUCUUCGGCACACUGCUAGACGAGACACUGUAUACCAAGGUGGUGGACGCCUGUGCCCUGCGCACGGACCUGGCCCUGUGGCCACGUGGCGACGAAUCAAUGGUGGAGGAGGGCGGGGGCAACCUUAGUGGCGGGCAGAGGGCGCGCGUGUCCCUCGCCCGGGCGGCCAGCGGUAGCAGCAGCAACAGCCGGGGUGCUCCCCCACCCGUGCUGGUCCUAUUAGACGACCCUCUAGCCGCGUUGGAUCCAGCCGUUGCCUGCCACGUGUUUCAGCAGUGCGUGUGUGGGCUGCUGGCAGGGCUGCCCCGGAUCGUCGUCACUCACCACGUGCAGUACCUUGGGAGUGACAACGCUGAAGUGGAGAGGGGAGAGGCGGCCAAGGAGGGCAUUCAGAGAGAGUCGUCAUUUAGAGGAAGCGAGGAUGUGGCGGAGACAGCACAGGGGAUGAAGGGGGUGGAAGAUGCCUGCAGGGAAGGGGAGUGUGUCCCACAUGGGGAGACUUGUGAGUUGAUCCAAAGGGAAUCGUUGUUGAGUGGAGGCGAGGAUGUGGCGAGGAGAGCAGAUGGGGCGACUGAGGGCAUUCAAAGGACAUUGCCGUUGAAAGAAAGCGGCGGAGACAGCAGAGAAGGGGAGACAGCAGACGGGUUGAAGGAGGGCAUUCAAAGAGCAUCGUCGUUGAGAGAAUGCAACGGAGACAGCAGAGAAGCAGAGGGGGUGAAGGGGGUGGAAGAUGCAUGCAGGGAAGGGGAGAGUGUCCCACAUGGGGAAACUUGUGAGUUGAUCCAAAGAAAAUUGUCGUUGAGAGGAAGUGGCGGAGACAGCAGAGAAGGGGAGACAGCAGAGGGGGUGAAAGGGUUGGAAGAUGCACGCAGGGAGGAGGAGAGUGUCCCACAUGGGGGCGAGGAUGCCAAGGGCUCGUUGCACAAGAGGAGGAGGAGUGUGUCCCACUUGAGGAGCUACUCCCUCUUCCGGAGGAGGACGGGAGUGCAGGAGGAGGAGGAGGAAGAGGAGGAGGGUGCGAGUGGCUCCUCAGAAGGUGAAGAGCAAGGCCUGCUGGACGUGGAGGGGUGGCAGCAGGGCGCCAUCCCGCUGUCUGUGUUUUGGGGCUACGCCUGGAAGAUCCGCGUGCUGCCUCUGCUGCUCUUCACCGCUUUCUUCCUCGCCGCACACAUCUCAAACGCCCUUAGGAGCUGGAAAGCACACCCCACCCGCUUGCCACCCUCACCGCCAUCGCCCUCCUGCGUGGCCCUCUCCCUCCUCGCCUCGCUUCUCCUCCACUUCGCCGCGCUGCGAGCCUCCUCCCGCCUGCACUCCCUCAUGCUUUCGUCCGUGCUCGCCUCGCCACUCGCCUUUUUCCACCGCAACCCCACGGGCCGCGUGCUGAACCGCUUCAGUGAGGACCUUGGGGUGACGGACGAUGUGCUUCCGCAGCUGCUGCUGGACUUCCUCAAUCCCUUCGGCCUGUGCGUUGCGGCGGUGGUAUCGGCGUGCAUAGCGGUACCAUGGACACUCAUCCCCAUGCUGCUGCUGCUGCUGCUGCUGCUGCACCUGCGGCAUCUGUAUGUGUGCACCGCCAUGGAGGUCCGACGCAUGGAAUGCACAACACGCUCCGUGCUGCUCGCUCGCUUCCUCGCCACCAUGGAGGGCCUGCCAACCAUCCGGGCCUUCUCCCAGCAGUGCCGCUUCCACCGCCUCUUCCUGCGCCACGUCACCGCCAACGCCAGCCCGCACCUAUUCUGGCUCGCCACGUGGGAGUGGCUGGGCUUCCGAUUGGACCUCCUCGUUGCCGCCGCCCUGCUCUCCGCCGCCCUCGCCGCCGUGGCCCUGCGCCACUCGCUGCCGCCCGCCCUGGCCGCGCUGGCUUUGUCUUAUCUGCUGCAGCUGCCUGACUCGCUGCGCUGGGCGCUGCAAUACGGCGUGGAGCUGGAGAACACGGUAAGGGGAGAGGGCAAGGGUACUAAAGAGGGGGGAGUAACGAGCAGGGAUGUGAUGGGUGUGAUGUUCAUGGGUGCGAUGUUCAUGGGUGCAAUGUCCAUGGGUGCUAUGUUCAUGGGUGCGAUGUUCAUGGGUGCGAUGUUCAUGGGUGUGAUGUUCAUGGGUGUGAUGUCCAUGGGUGCGAUGUUCAUGGGUGUGAUGUCCAUGGGUGCGAUGUUCAUGGGUGCGAUGUUCAUGGGUGUGGGGGAAAAUGGUGAGGGAAGGGAAGGCUGCUGGACUCGCUGCGCUGGGUGCCGCUAUAUGGCGUGGAGCUUGAGAGCAUCAUGGGCUCUGCAAGCAGCAAUCAGCCUCCUUUCCUUCAAAACUCUGCUCACUCGCAAUCCUCCCUCCACCCACUUCCAAGCCACUGAUGCAGCAUCAGACAGCGAGGAGGAGGGGUACGGCAAAGGCACCCCUCGCCAACCCUGGCCGUCAGCAGGGGCAGUGCAAGUGGAGCAGCUGAUGGUGCGGUAUGGCCGCACGGGGCAAGCAGUGCUGCGUGGCUUGACCUUUCGGCUCGCUGGGGGGGAAAAGUGCGGUGUGGUGGGGCGAACAGGUGCUGGCAAGUCCACCCUCAUGCUCGCUCUGCUGCGGCUAGUAGAAGCGUCUUCAGGGAGCAUUCACAUAGACGAUCUGGACAUUGCAUCGCUGCCACUCGCCACCCUGCGAAGCAAGGUAAGCAUCGGUGAAGCAGAUUGGUGGAGCAUUGCUGCAAUGUCUUCAGGAAGCAUUCACAUAGACGAUCUGGACAUUGCAUCGCUGCCACUCGCCACCCUGCAAAGCAAGACGAUCUGGACAUUGCAUCGCUGCCACUCGCCACCCUGCGAAGCAAGAGCAUUGCUCGCGUCAACACGGGUUUUGCUGAUGGAUGAAGCGACAGCGAGCAUGGAUGGGGAGAGCGAUGCAGCGAUCAAAGACAUCCUGCGGAAGUCAUUCAAGCACAGCACCGUCAUCAGCAUCGCACACCGCCUCUCGACCGUUCUUGAUUACGAUCAGGUUCUUGUUUUGGAACGUGGGCAGAGGAUUGAUUUUGGGGCUCCUGGGGAUUUGAGAAAAAUCAAAUCCAGUGCUUUCACUGGUAUGCUAGCAGAAAAUACCUCUGAAAUAAUGUAA